AUGCCGCUUCGGACGCGCGUAAACAAGAACCCCGGCCAUUCAAAAGUCGGCAAUCUGGACUUUGAAGCCCGAGUCCCCGUGCCCUUCAGCAUCUUCCCAUCGACAUAUCGGGACAGCCAGUCGCAAACCACCACUCAGACCCACGAAGAGGUUGAUAUCCAACUCCCCAGCAAGCAGCCUGCCGGACGGGAAGGUCAAUACUCUUCUUACUCCGCCCACGUUGAUCUCCCCCCUCGUGGAGAGAAUCGCUACAGCGAAGAAGAGGUCCGUUUUACACGUGAAGAAGAGCGUUACCGCCGUCCCGGUUCCCAGCACGAGCAGUACGUCAAGGAGGAGGAGCACAAGCCCGCACGCACCGAGUACACCGACACUCACGUUGAGAUCGAUACUCAUCGCCACCCGCACGCAAGCCCCAUUGACGUUGCUGAGCGUGAAUACCGAGAGCGUUUCCGCCCCCAGUACCAAAGCACUGUAGACCCCCCACCUCGGCCUCAGUACCACGCCGAGCACACCCAGGUCAACGAGUAUACCGUUGAGGGCCGACCUUGCCGUCCUACCUACCAGGAGGAAGUCAAGGUUACCGAGGAGACUGUCGAGCCUGCUCGCUUCAGCCGCGCUCACCAGAAAUCUAACAUGGGAUACUACGACGAAGACGGCCACUACCACUCCUUCCGUCACGGCAUCCACAAGCUUGCCGACAAGAUUGCCCACCCGCACAGCCACCACCACCACCGUGAGCAGGCCGAGCCGGAAGUCCGAGAGUCUGUCAUGGGACCACGACCGCGCCCCGGCGACUCUGCCGAGUCGUACCUGCCAAACACGGUCACCAUUCCGUGCCACCACAUCCGCCUGGGUGACUUUUUGAUGCUCCAGGGCCGCCCCUGCCAGGUCAUCCGCAUCUCGACGUCGCCGGCCACGGGCCAGUACCGUUACCUCGGCGUGGACCUCUUCACCAAGCAGCUGCACGAGGAGUCGUCCUUCAUCUCGAACCCGGCCCCCAGCGUUGUCGUGCAGACGAUGCUCGGCCCCGUCUUCAAGCAGUACCGCGUCCUGGACAUGCAGGACGGCCAGGUGGUGGCCAUGACGGAGACGGGCGACGUCAAGCAGGGCCUGUCCGUCAUUGACCAGUCCAACCUCUGGAGCCGGCUCCACAACGCCUUUGAGUGCGGCCGUGGCAGCGUUCGCGUCCUGGUGCUCGACGACGGCGGCCGCGAGCUUGCCGUCGACAUGAAGGUCAUUCACGGCUCGCGCCUGUAG